ACCACGGCGAUGUGUACAAGCGAAUACGCGAACCCAAGUCUCUUACCGCGAUAAUUUUCCGAUUUGGAUAUCGAUUUUACGUAACAAUAGAGUCUUCUUUAUCUCCACAAGGCAUACAUAUUUAAUAGUGUAGUCCCAGAUAGAUGUUCAGUUCAGUGUUGUUAAUGUGUAACGCGUUACGGAUUCGCGAAUACAAAUAAUAUUCGGAGUUUGUUCAGCUUAAUACAAGUUCCGGGUUAGCGAACUGUAUCCGUCAUUUUAAUGAGUGUCUUAAAGAAUGGUUAAUACUUCAGGCGGCGUUGUCUGGUGCUACAAAGACAACCGAUGGACACCGUUACAACUUUCAUCGAUAAGGUUACAUGGCGUUUGGACUCAAGCCCAUUGGGCGGCCAUAUCGGAGUUUCUCGAAAGGGUGGCGAACAAAGAAUUAAUUCUUCAAGACAACGGCUUCACCGAACUUACAGAAAAACAUAAGGAACUCUUGUUUAAAAAUCAACAAUUAGAUGAAAGUAAGUUAGAUGUUCACAGUGAAGAGAAUGUGAUAAAUGUUGCGAAUAAUGUUAUGUGUGAGAGAAAAACGAGUUUGGGUCAGAUACCGGAGGAUAAAAUCGCAGAUCAUCCGCGAAGGCCUUCCAUGCCUGAACUCCGCGCUGUAGAUAGAGAUAAUUUAUUUAUUGAGAAUAAUUUAUUGAAGUCGGAGACUGAUUGCUUUAAAAAGACUGAUAGAAUAUCUAAGGAAAAUGAUGAAAUUGUUCUGAGGCUUCUGAAGAAAUACUGCAAAUACAGUAAAGACGCUUUAGAUAAUGAUAUAGUAAGUGCCAUCGAGAAGAUUGCAGACGAGCAAGUUGUAAAGGCAGAGCAAAAACCACCCCGUACUAGAAAGACGGGUUAUGUUCCUAAAGAAGAGAAGAUUUACGAAAAUUUGCACGAGAUUAUCUUAGAUUCACUGGAAAGCGAUCGAAACGAUCACAUUAUUCGUUGGUUGAAGCAGCAGAACAACCAGGUAAAUUUUGUUGACACACCUGUGCCUCCGAGGAGGCAUUCGUCUGUGGAACUUCCCUUGCCGUCGCCUACAGAGAGCAACAAAAGCAGUUUGAUAGAGAGAAAGUCGUCUUCGGGAUUUGAGAGUCAAAAGUCCAGCGUCACAACACCAUCAACACCCGAGAGUAGAAAAUCAUCGUGGGGCAAUAGUACAAGAAAUAGCAGAAAAAGUAGCAUUGGUUCGAAUAGUUCGUGUUCGGAGUGUGACGACUCGGACAGUCAAAAUCAAUGGCAGAAGUUUGUGAAGAAACAUCUAAAUUCGAAAAAUUCGGAGCGGCGUUUACGAAAACAAUGGGAGGCGUGGUCCCGGAACAGGAGAAAACUUAGUCUGCAAACUGACAUCCUGUGUGCUGACCUAACAUAUCAGCCAUGGUAUUUCCGAAAAAUUAAACGCAUAGAGGCGGAAAAGAAACUCCUUCUUCCAGAAAACGAACACGGGGCCUUCUUAAUUCGAGACUCCGAAAGCCGGCACAACGAUUAUUCACUCUCUGUUCGCGAUGGGGACACAGUAAAACAUUACCGUAUUAGACAGUUGGACGAAGGCGGAUUUUUCAUCGCACGAAGAACGACGUUCCGAACAUUACAAGAGCUUGUACAACAUUAUAGCAACGAUGCGGAUGGGCUGUGCGUUAACUUGUGCAAACCAUGUGUACAGGUUGAAAAACCACAGCCCGAAGGUUUGUCUCACAGAACCCGCGAUCAAUGGGAAAUCGAGAGAACUUCCCUAAAGUUUAUCAGAAAAUUGGGCCAUGGGCAAUUCGGCGAGGUGUGGGAAGGUAUGUGGAACAACACUACCCCUGUGGCGGUGAAAACUUUAAAACCAGGCACCAUGGAUCCCAAGGACUUUUUGGCAGAAGCACAAAUUAUGAAAAAACUGCGACAUCCCAAACUAAUUCAGUUAUACGCCGUCUGUACAGUUGAAGAACCAAUCUACAUUAUCACCGAGUUAAUGAGAAAUGGAUCUUUGUUAGAAUAUCUUCAAGGAAAAGGCAAAGGCCUAAAACUUCAGCAGCUAAUUGAUAUGGCGGCGCAGAUAGCUGCUGGAAUGGCCUAUUUAGAAUCUCAGAACUAUAUUCACAGAGAUCUUGCUGCCAGAAAUGUUCUCGUUGCAGAUGGUAAUAUUGUGAAAAUUGCAGAUUUUGGAUUAGCCAGAUUAAUUAAGGAAGACGAAUAUGAAGCCCGCGUUGGUGCGAGGUUCCCAAUCAAAUGGACGGCACCGGAAGCGGCAAAUUACAGCAAGUUCUCAAUAAAAUCGGAUGUGUGGUCGUUUGGCAUUUUGCUCACAGAACUUGUUACAUAUGGUAGAAUACCUUACCCAGGUAUGACCAACGCAGAGGUGUUGCACCAAGUGGAACAUGGCUAUCGCAUGCCAGCUCCUCCUAGUUGCCCGCCAGCGCUUUAUGACAUUAUGUUGGAGUGCUGGAAUCGCGAUCCAAUGCGUCGUCCCACAUUUGAAACAUUACAAUGGAAACUCGAAGAUUUCUUUACAAUGGAAGGUUCCGAAUACAAAGAGGCAUCGGCGUACUGAGGAAUGUCCCACCCCCCUGCCGACUGGUUGCGCAACUCGCUUGAUUUGCACUACCACUGAGUGGAAGGGAGGUGGAUGUAUCUAUCGUGUUUUCAUUGGAUUGAUAGAUAUAUAUGCCGUACUUCUUUUUGUUUUGUACUUCCACUUUUCUGCCAAUUUUGAUUUUACAUUUAUCAAGAUUUAUACAUGAAAUAUUAACGGCUGAUCUCCGUUAAUUGAAACGUGCUUUUCGAGACUGUAAAUAUCUUUUUUUAUUUUCAUUUUUAUUAUUUUCGCUGUCUUUAUAAUUGCGAUAAGGAUUAAAGAAAAUGUUGUAUGCAAAAUGCCAAAAAUCAAAAUUGGCAUAGCUUGUUUUAUAUCAAAUUGGGACUAUGCCAAUCACUGGUUAGUUCACAGAAGCGGUCCCAGAAAUAAGCAAUUUUUACAUGAUUUUAAGAUUCACUUUAUUCCCAUAAGUUUAGUAUUUUUUUAUGUUUUUCAUGUUUUUAUAAAAAAUAUUUUUUAAUGUUUCUUUCGCGUCACAAACAAAUAAAAAAAACUUUAGGGUGGAUUUAAAAGAAAAAGUGGAAUUUGGUGAGUGUGUUUUAAAACUAUUGGACUUGCACUUUUGAUUUUGUAAUUUCAUUUUGCUUAUUUUAUGAGCCCCCCCAUUUCUCUCGUUUUAACUAAUUUGAUAAAUAUGCUAGCAAAUGUCGCGUGUACUUGCGAACACAGGUCUCAUAAUUUUGGAACACAUCUCGCAACAUAUUUUAGAUAUUGUUACACUAUCAGAAUGGAAGUUAUGAUGAUUUGUCCCUUUCGUGAGAUCUAUGCGCACAAAUAUGAAAUAUAUAAUAUACAGAGGACUGAAACUAAGUUUGAAUAAUAUAAUAAAUCAUAAGAUUUGGCUUUGUAGGUAAUUCAGUGUCCUGUAAGUUACUUUGAAUGUGAAUAAGUGGAUCCUGAUUAAAAUAUUCAUAUGCCUGGAUUAUUCUGCCCACAAUAGAUAGAGUCAUUCAAGAUCUUGCUGCAGUUUUAAGGAUCAACCCUAUCGGGCAAUAACUUUCAUCAUUUAAUACUCUGCCAGUGUAUCAAGAAGAAUGUACAUCUGAUGGGAGGGGCACGUGAAUGCUUCACUUCAUUAUCUCCCCACAUUGACUCCGCUCACUAUAUAUGCACAAUAUAACUGACGCCUGUGAUCUUAAAGGCAAACUACAUUUUCGUAACUCCAAAAUUCAACAAAGUUUUCUACCCCCAUUUGAACUAAUUGUUUUAGAAUUAGGAUCUCUCAUAAUUGUCCUCACUGUCAAAUGUGUCAGCUUACAGCUUGAGUAGCAACUUUCAUUCUAACAAUCUUUGGAACCAUCAAGUCUGUAGUUUUGCGAGUGAGGGAAGGAAGUGUUUCAAAUAGGGGUGAGUGGGUAGUCAUGUUUGAUAAUAGGCAUCAUUAUUUGCAAGUGAAAGAUCCUUUUAAGUAUUAAGUUGUGUCAUGACACCUAAACCACUGUCCAGCACUAGCUAAAUGAGAACCACCUGAUGUUAUCCUUUAUGGCAUCAUGCCCAAUACUUAUUUUUGUUUAUAUUUUAGCAAAUAAUUAAUGAGUAAUCCAGGACCCCACAUGUUGACUGUUUGGACAAAAAAGUGUGAUUUAAUUUCUGUAAACCUGAUACAAAGACCUGUUUGUUAUUGAAGUUUGAACAUUCCUGAUUGUGAAUCAAGCCAAGGAUGUUGUUAUAUGCAGUGCUUUAUCCCUGCAAAUUUCCAUUAUUUGUCUUCUCUGCGCUAAUACUAAGAAAAUUGUGUUAAAACAUUUUUGCAAGUAUUUGUCACAAAGUAUUUUGUUAAUAAUGAAUGAGGAACAUUUUUUAUGUGGUUAUCAAUGCAUAUAAUAUUUUUUUUGUAUUAU